GUGGGAGACUAGGCGAGGGACCGCGGGACCGCGCUGUACUAUCUUUGCAAUUUCCUGAGCGUUACAAUUAAUUUUUAAAUCACAGAAAAGUGGCUCACGUUAUUGCGUAAGAGGAGAAGCCGAGAGACGGCGGACAAGCCCCCUGCUCGGUUUCGCGCGUCCGCACGACCUGGGGCGAGAGCGCGAUCCAGGUGGCGCCGCGCGGGAGGCGCGUCUCGCGUGGAGCGCAGCCCACCCUCGCGGCGCGGGGCAGAGCCCGGGGAGCCGGCCCUGCGGGCGGAGGAGCCGCACUUGCUCGGCGUCGCGGGCGUCCGGUCCGCGGGGCGGCCCCGGGGUGCGGCUCCCCGCGCGUCUUGGGCGCGGGUUUGUCGGCUCCGCGCCGCGGCCGCUUCCGCUGCCCGCGCCCGAGCCGGAGCCCGGGUCGCCCCCGUGGCGCGGGGCGCCAUGCAGCCUCUGAACAUCACCCCGGCGCGGCUGUCCCGGCUGCUGCGGGAGCACAACCUGACGCGGGAGCAGUUCAUCGCGCUGUACGGGCUGCGGCCGCUGGUGUCGGCGCCUGAGCUGCCCGCGCGCGCCAAGCUGGCCUUCGCGCUGGCCGGCGGGCUCCUCUUCGCGCUGGCGCUCUUCGGCAACGCGCUGGUGGUCUACGUGGUGGCCCGCAGCAAGGCCAUGCGCACCGCCACCAACGUCUUCAUCGGCUCGCUGGCGCUCAGCGACCUGCUCAUCACCUUCUUCUGCAUCCCGGUGACCAUGCUGCAGAACAUCUGGGACAACUGGCUGGGGGGUCCCUUCAUUUGCAAGAUGGUGCCAUUUGUCCAGUCUACUGCCGUUGUGACCGAAAUCCUCACUAUGACCUGCAUUGCUGUGGAAAGGCACCAGGGACUCGUGCAUCCUUUUAAGAUGAAGUGGCAGUACACGCCCCGGAGGGCUUUCACCAUGCUGGGUGUGGUCUGGCUGGUGGCGGUCAUCGUAGGAUCCCCCAUGUUGCACGUGCAACGACUUGAGAUUAAGUAUGACUUCCUGUAUGAAAAAGAGCACGUCUGCUGCCUGGAAGAGUGGGCCAGCCCUGCGCACCAGAAAACCUACACCACCUUCAUCCUUGUCACCCUCUUCCUCCUGCCCCUCGUGGUGAUGCUCAGCCUGUACAGUAAAAUCGGUUAUGAACUCUGGGUCAACAAGAGAGUGGGGGACAGCUCCGUGCUCCGAACCAUUCACGGAAAAGAAAUGUCAAAAAUAGCCAGGAAGAAGAAGCGAGCUGUCAUCAUGAUGGUGACAGUGGUGGCUCUGUUCGCCGUGUGCUGGGCACCUUUCCACAUCGUUCACAUGAUGAUUGAAUACAGCAAUUUUGAAAAGGAACAUGACGAUGUCACGAUCAAGAUGACUUUCGCCAUAGUGCAAAUAAUUGGGUUUUCCAAUUCCAUCUGUAAUCCCAUUGUUUAUGCCUUUUUGAAUGAAAACUUCAAAAAAAACUUCCUAUCUGCAGUUUGUUAUUGCAUAGUCAAGGAACCCUUCUCUCCAGCACGAAGACGUAGGAAUUCAGGAAUGACAAUGACGCAGAAGAAAGCAGUGCUUUGCUGGAGAGAGAACCCCGUGGAGGAGACCAGAGGAGAGGCGUUCAGCGAGGGCAACAUCGAAGUCAGGCUGUGUGAACAGCCUGGGAAGAAAAAGCAUCUCAAGUGACAGCUUUCCCCGUUCAUUUUGAACGUCUACGAAUUCUGUUUCAGGCCGUGGGCGUUCAUUAUAACAUCUCUCUAUAAUUAAUGCCAUUCCAUGGCCUAAGCUGAAAAUUAUUUUGAGGAAAGGUCAAAGACUUUUUAUUUGUAGAAUGAGGAAAAGAAGGACUCAAGUCAUUUUCCAUAAAAAUAUGACAUUAUACAUGAGGUUACAAUUUUGAAAAAUUAGUGAACCAUCCUUGUAGAUUAUAAAAGUGGAGUUUUAAAAAGUCUUGUACAGAAAUAAAUGUUCUUGGCUAGUUUUUCCCCUUAGCCAGUCAAUUGUACUGUGGCUUAUUGUGUAUUGUUAAAUUGGAUGAGAAAAUAAGUUAAAAACUAUAUCGUCUUCCUUGAAUAAGUUUAAUAGUUGAACGCUGUAACGUAAUUUUUAGUGUACUGCUGAAGCUUGGUGAUGAAUUCUCUUGCAAACGAAGUUUUCCAAUGAUUCUGAAGUCCAGUAAGAUGCAGAAGCAGCAAAAUGACAUGUGUGGGAUGUACAGGCAGAUGCCGGCCUCGGCCUGAGCUUCUCAUAGGCCUGUCAGUUACCAGCGCUGGGACCACUGGCCACCCCUGAACCCCUUUAAGCCUCCAUUCCUUCCUGUGUAAACUGCGCAGUACCUCUAUCCAGAGUCACUGCUGGAGAACAGAUGCGCCCGGAGCAGGAAGGCCUGUUACUCCAGCGCCCCCUCGAGUUCCUGAGCAUCAUCGGAGUCCUCUCGUCUCAGACCUCCCCAUCUGUUCCCUUUUUCCUUUCCCAGGCUUGUCCUCAACCCUACCCAACCUUCAGUUUGUGCUUAUUUUGUAACUGGUUCCUCCACUCAAAAUAAGAAAGAUUCUGGGAUCCUCAUUUACAGGUUGAGUGGAAUAAAUAGACCAAUCUAUCUCAAAUAUUUCUAUUUUUAAGCUCUGCAUUUUCACUAGUGGGCUGAAGCCCUUUGGGUAUGUAAAAGGGCUUUUUGGUGCAGUUAGAUGAGAGCAUCACCUCCAAGCCCAUGAACUUUCACUGACCCCCACGAGAGAUGGGACAGGAAGAGCAGGAUCACUCCCCACGCCUGUUCCUCACCUGCACCUCCCUCCAGCUCAGCGCCUCGCCUCUCAGUCUUCUCCUCUUACCCCCUAAUGUCAUGGACCCGGCAGCCACCGAGCCAGCACUCUGUUGCUUCCCCGUCAGCACCUGAGAUUCCCAAAGGCCAGACACAGCCUCCUGGCCAGUGUUUCUUCUGCCUCCAGUUUCCCAGCCAGGAAUCAGAAAGAAAGGAGCUCAGAUUAUUUUACUCAUAAAGCUUUAAGGUUUGGGACCAGAGAACUCAGAACACAGGGGUCUGUCAAGAUACAAACAUUUCAUUGUACAUGUUUGUUAAUAUAAGCGAGGAAGGAAAAAAGAUGAAACAGUAUUAGGAAAAAAAUGUCUACAUGACACAGGAAAAUUAACAAAGUUGAGAGAGGAAAACUGAUGAUUUGCUUUGUGUUGCAAUGGACUCAUUAUGGCUUAUUUACGUCCCCUGUCCUGUUAUGCCUAGUUAACCUGUAGCAAAACAAUGAUUGUCAUUAAACAUUAAAAACGAAUCACA